AUGGAUGCGGGAUUCCGGUUGCUACGACAGGCAGCGGACGAAGAGAUAGAGGACGAGGAGGAAGAGGAAGUCGAUGAAGAGGAUGAGCCCUCGCCGGAAGAUGUCGUCUCGCUAGAAGACUUUGUCCAUUCCCUAUCGCUGAAUGGUGAAAGUAAUAAUAACCCGCAUGGUGGAGGAGGGCUGAAGAUGGAUGCGGAGGAUGUCAAGCAUAUGGUCGAAGGAGUUACUCGAUGGACUCCAGCUGAGGAUCAUGGACAACUGCUCGAUGCGAUAUGUGGCGAUGAUCACUCUCGCCGCUUCAACUGGGUAGACCAACCCGAUGUGGAAUCACCAGAGCGCUCUGCUGAGAUCAGCAUAGCAAGAAUUCAUUUAAUAGAGAGGUUCUACAAGAGUUUGCUACCCAAACUCGAAAGCUUGUUCUCGACUUUGCAGCAGCUGUGCCUUUCGGCAUUGCAGAACCCGACUGAAUACCCGAACACCAUCGAUCUCUCUGUUGAGCGUACACUGUUGCAUAAACAACAGGUAGUGGAUGGCGAACAGCAACGUCGUCCCUUACCUUCAGAGGAUCAUCCAGAAAAUGUCUCAUUAGAAGAGCUGAUGCUGGCUGAUGGUGCGGUUCUUGCAAGUGCCUGCCUACGACGUAGACCCGAGGAAAGGCUGGAAAUGCAACGACACGCUGAUAUCAUCACGGCAGCUGUGACCGGUAUGGCCGUGUGUCUCUUGAAGGGAAGUCGGCUCCUCUCCCUCCAGCGCUUCUGCACUAUUGCCGACUGCUUCUGCAAGAACAAUUUGGCGUUGGUUCUUCUAAAGAUCUUGCAGGGUAUGGAUGAGACCUCGGUGAGGCCGUAUGAGGUCCCGCCUGUUCUACCAUGCCUCCGAACGAACAGUAGAACAUCUGAGAUUUCGCGCAAAGCUGACGGUGAUGCUGUUGCAACGGAAACGUUGCAAAAUGCAAUGCCCUCGCCCGUGGCUGAAUCCUACUGGAGGGCCACCAGCGUUAUUUAUGUAGUGUGCAGGGAUUCCCCCGAAACAGUACGUAAGAUCCUGGUGCAAUUCCGCUUCUUCACAUCGUUGGUAAAAAUGUUCCGCACUCCAAAUCGGCAGAUCCAAAAGGUGGCGUACAAACUAUUCAAAAAGCAAGUUCGAUUUUAUCCGAGGAAACUGAAGAUGAACUCGAUGAGCGCCAUUUCUUCGGCAUACAAUAUCGUCCGAACUAAUCCGAUUGAAGACUGGGUGCUAUCCUCUCCAUUGCAUGCGGAGAAUCAUCGUGAAGAAGGACUCAUUCUGGAUUUCUCCAGCAGCCUUACUGAUUACGCUCCAUCUGUUGAUGAGUUUCGAAAGUACAACGGUAGCGGUCCUCCAGUUGUGGUGGAGCACGAAGGAACCCUGGCUACCCAUACCCCUGACAUUGAAUAUUGCAAGCUCAUCAGCUUGGUGGACUGGGCUGAUCCCGAUUGCGUUGACGCAUUCCUCCAGGCCACUGGAAUGUCUCCAGAAGAGUGCUUUUAUGGGUAUAAAAGUUUCGAUGCAUGGGUAGCGGGAGGGUUCUCAUCGACUACACAGUCCGCAUCGGACUUGGUCAAUGUUCUAGCUGGUACGAUCAAUGAUGACAGUAUCUCAACAGGCGGUAACAUGCCUCUUAUUGCCCGCCCUUUCGGGUUCAAUCAUUGGUCUGUGGUCACGACACUACGGGAUGACCGUUUUGCCUUCUCCCCAGCGUCAACUCAGUUCCACGGCAUUCUCUGUACCCAUCAACCGUCUUGGUGGAUCGGCGAUUAUGGGUAUUUCGUUAUACUGCCAACGAUGGACGUUCCGCUCACCUCGUUCAUACGGACCCCCGGAAUGAACCUCUUCCGACCGGAUCAAGCCGAAUACAAGCCGUAUUACUUCCGUGCGUCAUCAGUCACUGGGCCUAAUCUCGCCCAACACGGCUAUGUCGUUACUGAGAUGACUCCAACGAACCAUGCGGCAGCUCUGCGUUUCCGUUUUGUGUGCGCAGGGAACAAGCAUGUGACUUUGAGGAACGACAAAGGUCUUACCUUGUUGUCCGAUAGCAAUGAUGCAUCGAAAAUCGUGCUAGCUAUCGAGGCUAAUUCAGGGGGUGUUCCGGAGGGCUUUCGCAUGUUCGUAGUCGUUGACACCAAGCCUCGGCCAAAAUCUAUAUGGCAUUCUACUAUGUCGCGAGGCGAUAUCAUAUUGGACUUCGACCCGAGUGAAAAUACUACUACCGCUGUUAUUGAAAUGAGAGUUGCCACUUCCUUCAUCUCAGUGGAACAGGCAUGGCGCAACCUCGACAGAGAAGCUCCCUGGAAUAGAACCUUCGACUUUAUCAAGGAGGAUGGGAGACGUGUCUGGGACGAGAGGAUGACUGCCGUCCACAUUGACCAUACUGUCAACGACCAAACAUUCUUGCGCACUUUCUACACUAACUACUACCGAUCACUUCUUUUUCCACGGCUUCUAACUGAAGUUGAUGGAUCGAACGCCAAGGUACACUAUAGUCCCUAUACAGGACAGGCACAUGCUGGUGAGCUGGCAGCUGACAGUGGUUUUUGGGACUCUUAUAAUACGGUGUACCUCUGGCUCGACUUUGCUGCGCCAGACAUUCUCGCUCGGCUCCUGGAGGGAUGGGUGAAUGCAUACAAAGAGGCUGGUUGGCUGCCUACGUGGCCGUCACCGGGGCAGAGAGACUCUAUGAUAGGAACGAUGGGCGAUGUGGUGUUUGCUUGGGCCAUAGUGAGCGGUAAAGUCUCAGCGGAGACCAAACACAUAAUGUAUGAAGCAAUCAAACGAGAUAGCUUCGAGAAGCCACCCGAAUCAUCAUCCGCUGGCCGUCGGUGCUCGGAGUAUUACAAUGACAGAGGAUACAUUCCUGUUGAGGAGUGUGGCGAGACCGUUUCCAGAGUGCUCAUGAACAUGGUUGCAGAUUCUGCCAUUGCCGACGCUGCAGAGAAGCUCAAUAUGAGCACGGAUGCCUCAAUACUCCGUCAGCGAGUGGGUCGAGCCAUUGAAGCGAAUUGGAAUCAUCGUCUAGAAAUAUUCGGACCGCGAGACGAUGAUGGGGAGUGGUAUGACAUUCCACUUGAAAGUUGGACUUCACAAGCAUACACCGAGGGCGGGGCUCUACAGUACCGCUUCUGCCUUCCCUUCGAUGUUCCAAAACUUGCGGAACUUUACGGAGGGCGAGAAAAUUUCUGCAAGAAGAUUCAAGAUCAUUUUACCGACACUACUCUACCCCUUUUCUCCUCACCAUUCGGCACCAUCCAUGAGCAGCUCUUUCAUUUGCUCGAUCCGGCAGGGAGUAUGGUGAGAGCCCGCCCGGCAAACAUGAUCCCGGUCAAGCCCGAUCAAACUUUGAUCGGGGCGUACCAACUGGCAAGGGCCGCGCAGAAGCUACGUGACAUCUUGGCCCAGGGGCCACUUAACAUCUCAAUCGAGAUCAAAAGCACCAUCCUGGACCCAUUCAGUGGCUCUAAGAGUUCGAGCCUGUGGCUGCGUGAAUUCGAGUCGUUGGCCGGCACACCGAAAGGACCAGCGUGUUGGUCUCUCAAUGAGGGCAUACCUCGUCAGUCCUUGGAAGAGAUGGAGGACGAGGACUCCUCGUCAAGAAGAGUCGUGAUAGGAGAUAUGCCCACGUAG